GACGACUUCAGUUAGUGGUGCUGAUUUCACCAAAGAAUAAGGGAACGAAACCAUGAAUUAGGUUGUCUGCCGUAGUUGUUGCUAUAACGGAAGCCAUAGCCUAUUAAAUUAAGGGAUUAAGAGAACAAUGCGUGGAAAUAUGCUGGCGCGCGUUGCCGUUGUAAAGCAUGCCCGGGCUUGUUUGGCGUGCUCCUGCAAGGGCGCAAGUUUACUCAGCGUGGGAAGGGGGAAGAAUUCGGAGCAUUGGAUCACAGGAUGCGUGAAAGAUUUUGCCAGUCUUGACGUGCUUGUCCCCUUACUUUUGCGACAGGCACUGUCGCGGAAUCAUCUCUUGUCUGACAACCUCCCGAAAGCUGCAAAUACAUAACAUGACGACCAUUACACCCAGCCAGUUAGUAGUGAUGAAAGAUGGCCUCUUGGAAAUACUGAGCACCGUGGGAGCAAAACCGGCUCCAACACCUAUUAGCGAGGUGAUGCAGUUGAUGAAGGCUUACAUUAUAAAGCACCGCCUGUACGACUCGUCACGCCCCGCAGAGAUACUAUGCGAAAACAACCCCAUGGGAACACUGUUUGGGGUACCUUCAUUUCUGAUCAAGGAGACCUUCAAAUACUUAGCGAGAAACCUAUUUCGGGUGCCUGCACAGGCUGUAAGUCAAGCGCAAAAACGAGAUGCUCCCUCUACGUCGACUGCUGAAGAGUCUGCCAACAAACGCUUGUGUCCCGAACCUCCGUCGAAGCCCAUCCAAGUCCAUCAAGGACCUCCGCCGUCCCCAACGUUUCUUGGUUUUCCAGACUCGCCCAAAUACGACAGUGCCUCCGAGACAGCCUGUAGCUUGCAGGGCUAUGAAACAGCCUAUGUGAAAGACACCAGUGACGAAUGCUGGUACUCUGACGAGAAAUAUGGAGGCACAGUGUCCUCACUAGAUGAUAGUGACACUGACUCACCUUACGAGCUUGAGUUUGAAGUCGAGUCAGCCGACGAGAGGAAGAUGAAUUGCUACUCGUCAGCAAGUGAAGUAGAGGACACUGGCCUUGCUGGAAUUGUUCUGUGUUUGAAGGAUGAGGACUGUGGAUUCUGGGCGGAUUUUUCGGAUUUUGACUCAGAGUCUAGUGAAUCUGUGUACGACUCUGAAAUUGGAGAAGACGACCUGUGGCAGUGUCGUAUGUGCAAGACUCGCAAUACACCGCUGCAACGUUACUGCCAGAAGUGCUGGAAGGAGCGUUUUGGGUGGCUGCCCAAUCGGUCCGACAAGCACCCACCCCAGAGAAAGCGCUACAGGAAAAGAAAAGAAAGGCACGCAAAGAAGAAAGGAAUGAUAGCUAGAGACAAGCAAGAAGAAAAGCGGGCCACCAGUGAAAGCCAGGAAGCUUCCUUGCACGGUUCCACACCAGAGCUCAGUUCACAAGAAGCACAAUUGCCUGCUGUCGAAGCUGCACCAGAGGCCUCUCACUCCUGUAUAUCUCUCCUCUCUAAAAGCGUAGACGUACAGAAAGCAGGGUCGUCGCAAGAGCCCUCCGACAGUCCGACCUUCCUCAGCUCGCAGGACUCUACCCAGGCGUCCGUGGGAGUCUGCAACAUCUGUUUGCUUCGUCCCAAGUGUGGUAUCAUUGUUCACGGAAGGACAAGUCAUCGCUUCAGCUGUUAUAAGUGCGCUCGUCAGCUGAUGGAGCUGGAGCAGCCGUGCCCCGUGUGCCGCCGGACCAUACAGCGGGUCACACGCAACUUUGACGUGUGACCGUGUGUAUAACUCCUGGGUCAGUGCAUAGGCUGUUGUUCCUUUUCUUUUUUUUCUCAAGUGCUGUUGUUUUGUUUCUGAAAGAUAUUUCAUGUUAAGCAAUCACCACCAAGGGUCCACUGUAUCGUUUUGUAGAUGUUUUUCUUUGUAUUGUGACGCAGUUCCACCUGCAGAAGGCAUACUGCAUGGAGGUUAGGAAUUUAUUAUGGAGUGUCAAUAGAGUGCAGCUCCAGUACCUGCAUAAAAUAGCUAGAAACUUGGCAUAAUGUUGGACUUUCACUGGUGCAGAAAACACUUGUAUGCCUGACUGCGUAAUAUGACAAGGCACGUUAUGAUGCUAGUGAAUGCAGUGUUGGUUGUAGGAGGACCCUGGUAGUAGCAUCUUUUUCCUGCACCAACUUCUGUAUUCAAGUUUUAUAGGGAGGAUCUGUGAAAGCUGUGCUAGGUUCUGUGACUAAUAUGCGGUCAGCUUACAUCUUCCCUGCAGUACAGCAGCCUUAGUACAGGCCCACCAUUGACUCCAAAAGCAGUGGGUGAGAUGCCCUUGCAGUGACUACAAUUACACAAGAUGCUGUGCUUAUUUCAGAAAUACUAGUGGUAUUUAUUAUUUCCACUAGAAUGUUUUAGUGCUUUCUGAAUUGUUCACUAGGAAUCUUAUCAUUGCAGAAACAUAUAUUACUGGUGUCACUGUAAUCUCCCUUAAUAAUGUCAAGGUGAGUAAAGUCCCAAAGAACUUUUUCACUGAGUCCUCUUCGUUCAUGUUGGCAUAAGUAUGCUGUAAUGGUAUCUAUUAUUGUGUCUCUCUGCAGCCCUUGAAAUGUGUGUGUGCAGUCGGGUAAUUGUUUUCUCAUUUUGUACGAGAAAACUAGAAAACUUGCAACUAACGUUAAAGUUGUUGUAAUUAAAGUGCACACAAUGCUAUACGACACACACUCAUGAGAUGUUCCGUUCCAUGCCAGCUCGCAACGUUGCAUAUUUGCUCUAUCUCACCCUUAAAAUAUAGUGAUGAUAAUUAUAGGUUUGUGUCAAGGCACGCAAUAUCACACGUUUGUGAAUGCUCAGUAUAUUUGCUUAUGGAGCAGUGCACUUUGACCACAAGUUUGCACAUCCUUGUAUCAUCACAAGUCUCGUUUUCAGUUUUGCUGAGUUGCUCCUGUUUGAUGCUGACAGCCUUCUUGUGUGCUGUUGGAACAAUUUCUUUUUGUCUGAGUUGUCUUCCUGCCAUUAGUUGUGCAAAUUUUCAUGGCACUGAUGGUACACAGAGAAGGCUAUAUUUCCUGUAUAAAAUGUAGUGUAAUAUGGGAUGCUUGCAGUAAUUUUGUGGCUUUUUCUUUCAUCUUAUACCAGACGAAGCACGCUUCUUUCCAGGGCACCACAGCUUAUCUGAGAUAUGGAAAAUCCCAGGGGGCUCAGUGAACGGAUAUAUAUUUAUGUUGCACUAUACCAUAUCAAAGUGUCGUGCUGAGUUGACUAGCAUCUUUCGAGUAAACAUUUCUGCCAUCAUUGGCACAUUCAUCUUUUUUUUGGCACAUUCAUGCCGACACAUCUUGAUGUCGCACGUCAAUUCCUGCAGGGGUGGUUCUUCUUUUAUUUUCUCUUUAGCUGUAUGUUUUCACAGUUAGCAGAUAUUUUGCUUCAAUUGCAAAUUUGUAAAAUUCUGAGCUCCCUCUGUACUGUUUGUCAUGGGCCCUUGGGGAGCCCCGCAGUGCCACUCGAAAGGCAGGAAUCCCAGAGGACACUGCUUUUUAAGGUUCUUCAUAGUAGAUGCACAGAAGCAUCAUUUUGUGUACAGUGAACAAAACUGUAUGUCAUGCACAUUUUUCUGUGUGCUAUGCUAUGUGUGCUUCUGGGUGCCUUAGCUGUGAUACUGUAAAAAGGUGCUGCAUCCAGGGUGUGCAUAUUUUACUAUGUUAGUAUCUGCAGUAAAGUUGUGAGGUAGUGCUCUGCUAUAUAGGUACUUCUGCGAAGUAAGAAAAAAAUGGGUGUGGACGGUACAGACGAUGGUCACUGCAGGUGUAGACCUGUUUUGUUAGCAUUAGUAAGGUUCGUAGAGUUAAUGCAAGAAAGGACAGAUAUGCCAUCAAAUGCACGUGUAUCUUUAUGCAUCUUUUCAACCAUAUAAAGCUCGUAUUUGCUGUGUGUGCAUUAUAUGAGAUGUUCAGAGUUUCCUGCAGUUUGUGUGAAAGAGGUUUUAGAGUGGUUAUGUCCAAAUGCACCCCUACAGGUUUAUGUACUAUGUUAGUAUCUCUUGAAGGUUUUGAGUGCUGCUAUGUGGCAUAUGUUGAGAACGUGGUGCCCUAGGAGAGGGCUGACACGAUGCCCUUGUCAUGUCUUCUCCAGCAUAGCAUAUGGGACACAAGGUAUGCAAAGAUUAUCUAGGGGUCUAGAACAGUUUUUUUUUAAUCUAUUCCUUGUUUAUGUUGGGGGUGGUCUGACAUAUCAGCUGUGUAUAAUCAGAUUAAUAUAUGCCACUCUUAGUAACCAUGAUAUUCAAUGAUUGUGGUUUCUUCAAAUGACAUGUUCAUGCCUUGUACAUCAAAAUAAAUUGCACAGAACAGA